AUGAAUAACACGCCUGAAAUCCUAGAGAAGAUCAAAAUAGGCUUGGAUGUUGCUACAUAUCUUCUGAAGACUGAUCGUGGUAUACAAGCCUCUGAUUUGUGUGAUGAAUGUGUAAUCUUACUCAACAACCUAGACUCUGAUAUUAACGGCCUUGAUGUCUCUGAGGUAAUAUUUAAUGCGUACUAUGCAAUAAGUUACACCAUUAAACUUAUUGACAUAUUCUACAAUGCUGGAAUAUCAAUGAAAGAACUGGCAGACAAAUAUUUACGAAGAAGUAGGUUUGCAGAAGCCAAGAAACUUUUUGAAAGCGUAGUUGCGAUCAAUAAAACAAUUGGCCUUAAAAGUGAAGAAGCAAUCACUUAUGGCAGGCUAGGAUGUGUGUUUGAAUCACUUGGUGAAUAUAACAAGGCUAAAGAACAUCAUUGGAAAGCACUUGCUAUCGCAACAGAAAUUGGCGACAGGGAAGGAGAAGGAGUAUGCUACGGGAACCUUGGAAAUGUGUUUAAAUCGCUCGGUGAAUAUCAGAAGGCUAAAGAAUAUUACGAGAAAGCACUCGCUAUCGCAACACAAAUUGGCGACAGGAAAGGAGAAGGAAGACAGUACGGGAACCUAGGAGUUCUGUUUCGAUCACUCGGUGAAUAUCAGUUUGAAUCACUCUAUCGCAACAGAAUAUCGACAGGGGAGGAGAAAGAAUAUUACGGGAACCUUGGAAAUGUGUUUCGAUCACUUGAAUAUCAGAAGGCAAAGAAUAUCAAAAUUGGCGAACAGAAAUUGGCGCCAGGGAAAAAGAAGGGACAUGCUACGGGAACCUUGGAUGUGUGUUUGAAUCACUCGGUGAAUAUCAGAAGGCUAAAGAAUAUCACGAGAAAGCACUUGCUAUCGCAACAGAAAUUGGCGACAGGGGAGGAGAAAGAGUAUGCUACGGGAACCUUGGAAAUGUGUUUCUAUCUCUCGGUGAAUAUCAGAAGGCUAAAGAAUAUCAUGAGAAUGCACUUGCUAUCGCAACAGAAAUUGGCGCCAGGGAAGGAGAAGGGACAUGCUACGGGAACCUUGGAUGUGUGUUUGAAUCACUCGGUGAAUAUCAGAAGGCUAAAGAAUAUCACGAGAAAGCACUUGCUAUCGCAACAGAAAUUGGCGCCAGGGAAGGAGAAGGGAGAUGCUACGGGAACCUUGGAGAUGUGUUUCUAUCUCUCGGUGAAUAUCAGAAGGCUAAAGAAUAUUGCGAGAAAGCAAUUGUUAUCGCAACACAAAUUGGCGACAGGAAAGGAGAAGGAACA